ACUGACUGGGAGACUAUGGCAAAGAUGUAUAAGAAGCUCACCGUGGGCGUCUCGUCCAAGCCUAUCACAGCCAUGCUCAAUAUGGCGAACGCCUAUCUGCCCUUCUCCGAGGCCUCCGGAAUUCACGACAAUGGCUGCGGACCAGGCAAUGUCAUCGAGAGAAUCGUCUCAGACUAUGGCGGUGUCAUACCGUCUACUGCAUCGCUGAGUGCAUCUGAUUUCGCGCCAGCCAUGGUCGAGAAGGCUCGAGGGCUCAAGACAGAGGCCCUCGAGAAGGAUCCUUCGUCACCGUGGGGCAGGGUCGAUGUGAAGGUGGGCGAUGCCAUGAAUCUGCAAGGUGUAAAGGACGGAUCGCUAUCGCAUGUUACUGCCGGAUGGGUCUACUUCUUGACUCCAGAUCCGAUGAAGUGUCUCAAAGAAAGCAAGCGAGUGCUCAAAGACGGCGGCGUUCUAUCAUGCUCAUCGUGGCAGUCAAGCCAAUGGAUGGACACCAUGAAGAUCCCUGCCAAAGUACGACCUGAUCUACAGCAUCCAUCCGUACCAACGGAGUGGGCCUCUGCGCCAGCGCUCAAGGCCGAGCUGGAGAAGGCUGGAUUCCGAGACGUCCAGGCGCAGGAGGUUGAG